AUGUCGCCAAAAUCAAAACCAAAACGAAAUAUUUUCACCUCUGUGUUUGGCCAUUUUCUUAAACUAGCUAAAAGCCGCGCCCAUGAACACAAGAAAACCAAACGAUUCUGGUGUGUGUUGUAUGGUAUCUUCCUGGGUUUAUUCUUCUACGAAUUGAUAUUGAUUGAUUUGAGUUUCACCCCUUUUACGACUUUAUUCAUUGGUGGUACAAUAACGUUAAUGCUUGCCGUGGGUAUAGCAAUAUCAUCUCAAAUCCGUUGUAUAUCGAUUCUUGCCUUGCCCACCUUUGUGGGACAAUCCGGAAGAGGUGUUCUCAAGAGUCUCGUCUUUGCUUAUCUACUCUCAGGUCCAAUUGAGAAUCUUACAGUAAAUGGCAAAGAAGUAGUGAGGGUUUUCGGAUGCACCACAUCAUUGACUUUUAAUCUAACAAAAGCAAGAUUUGAACUCAUGUUUAAACCAUUCGCUGAAGCUCUGAUGCAAAUGAAAGGUGAUGCUAACGAAAUUAAAGACACCUUGCGGUCAAUUCGUGAUGUAACAGCCCCUUUAACUGGAGAAAUUGAAGAUGAGCAAGAAAUGAAAAAAUUAAAAGAGGAAAAUGAUUACAUGGAUGCUUUACAAGGAAAUUCAAAAUCAUCUAAGGAACUAGACGAUAAAUAUAAAUCAAAAGGUGAAUUAGUCGAAGCGAAUAAAUUCGAAAAGAAUUAUUUGAAGAAAAUAGAAGCAAGGUGUCAGGAUCAAUUCUCGAAAGCUGCAGCCAAGUGUAGAAAGGUUUUUGGUAAAGGUUAUGAUAUUUGUUAUGAAACUGUAUCUUGGGUAGCAGCUUGGAUAUUGUGUUGGCCCAUGAAAUUGACAUUCAUUUGCAAUAUUGUUGAGUCUAUCGGAGGAAUGGGUAAAUGUGAUCCGAGUAAACAUGUAGAAACAGGCUUUGGUAAAGGGUAUGAAUAUUUAAAAGCAUCUAGAGGUACUCUAAGUGAUAAAUUCAAACAAGUAAAAGUACAGUAUAAGGUACCCAAGAUUAAAACACUUGUUGAUGUAAGAGAUGCCACUGCAACAGCCAAAAGUGUCAUUCAUGAUGUAAACAGCAAAAAAGUAAUUCUGAAAGAAAUAAUGCUGAUUUGCAAGCGAUUACUGGCAUUUGUUUUCUUAAGAAUUAUAUUAAGUAGUCAAAAAUAUCAUGAUAAAUAUUUGAAGAAUAUUGAGUAUGAUAAUAAGUAUAUUACAAAAUAUUUCAAAAAAAUUGAUGCAAGAAGACAUGCUUUAGAUAAACACACUUUACUACCACUGAAAAAAGUUGAGAAACAAGUAUUGGUUGAACCAUGGACCAAAAAACUUUUAAAAGAAGAGAAACAGAUGAUUAUACCACAAUUAGUUAAAAUGUUACUUGAAAUGGUUACUGCCACUACUGUUAUUCUCCUAGAUAGGCUUUUCUAUGAAGCAUUGGAUCUUGUGGCUAGACAUGCCAGAGUUGAGUUUUACCAAACUGGUCAUCAUGAUAUGAUGUUGCAGAUUAAAGGCACUGGUAUGAUUGCUAAUCUUCUUAGAUCUGUAGUUAAAGGUUUCAACAUCAAAAAGAGAAUCAAAUCAAUGAGAAGCAACGUUGCGUGUCUUCCAAAACCUAACCUGCUGAGCAAAUACUACAUACUAAAGAUUUAUGGAACCUAUUGUGCCAUUUUGAUUUUUAUUUUCUUACAAGGAUAUUUUGCAAGAUUACGACGUCCGAUCUGUGCAUACUUUUAUAGAAAAAGAGAAAAACGUCGUGUUUUAUUUCUGUAUAACCAAACUUUAAAAAGACGCAUAGGUUUCUUCAGAUACAUGAAGAAAAAAGUCAAAAAGAUGGCGAGAGAACAAAGAUUAGAACACAACUUGAAUGUUUGUGCUGUAUUGAGAAUUCGUUUUCCUACAAAAUGUGGAUGGUUGCGUUUCUUUAAACUAGCAAGAAGACAAUGUAUCGUGUGUGGAGAACCAGAACCCAGAAAGAAGAGUGGGAUACCAGGAGAUUUUGAAAAGUGUAAAACACCGAAUUGUUACGUUGUGCAUUGUUUAGAGUGUUGGAACGACAUGGGAAGAGUUUGUUUUGCUUGUUUAGAGACUCAAUCUGAUAGUGAGAGUGACGAUAGUGAUGAGGGUCAUCAUGAAUUCGACUAAAAAUAAAAUAAAUCAGAAAUUAAAGUAA